CGCUCAUUCCGCGCUGGGAGUCGUCGCGGCUGCCGCUGUUUCGGCGGCGGCCGCCUAGUGUUUUCGCGCUCCUCCCUUUCCUCCUCCUCUUUCUCCUCCUCCUUCCAGUCCCAGUCAGGGCGACCUGCACUGCUCGCGGGAAGAAUACUAAGACCUAACUUGCUAUCUUGUCUGGAGUCAUAUGGUGACUCUGCAACUUGAUGGAUGACGACAACCCUUUUCCAUCAAAAAAUAAUUCAAAAAUGGCAGAACUCUUUAUGGAAUGUGAAGAAGAAGAGCUAGAACCAUGGCAGAAGAAAGUAGAAGAAAUUCUGGAUGAAGACGAUGAUGAGCUGAUCUUUGUUGGAGAGAUAUCAAGUUCAAAACCAGCCAUUUCAAAUAUUUUGAACAGAGGUAACCCCGGCUCAUCUUCAAAGGGAAUAAAGAAUGAGACACUCACUCAAGGUGUUACUGAUACAUUCAAGCCUAUGAGUCAACACUACAAAGAUCCAACAUCAAAUCCAGUGGCUGCCUUGCCUAGAUUUCAUCCUGAAUCUAAAUCUUCACAAAGCUCUGUUAUUGUUCAGAACGUGUCUAAACCUGAUUUUACAAAGAAUUUAUCACAAGUUGAAUCGGAUGAUUCUUCAGAUUUACUGUUUGACUUGACCCAGGAUACAAUUCCACUGUCCCAGGAGGGAUCAACAAUUUAUAUAGAAGGUAUAGAUGAAACUCUGCCUAUAAUAAAACGUUCUUCUACUUCUAAAGUAAACAGUGUUAAUCCAAAAAAGCCAAAGACCAGUGAAAGUGGUUCUGACAUAAGUCCUUGUGCUUCGUUGUCCUUAACUAACUCUCCUUCGGUGGCAUCUUCCCAUGUUAUGAUAUCAAAAGGUACAAAUACCUCAUCACCUCACUAUAAAACUGGAGCGCCUUUUCUAAGAUCUUGUCCGAGGUGCAAUGUAAAGUUUAAUCUUUUGGAUCCCUUGAAAUAUCACAUGAAGCGUUGUUGUCCAGACAUGGUGAAUAAAUUCUUGGAAAUGAUUAAAGCAGAACUUAUAAAUACUGAAAAUAAAAAUAAGACUGGUGCAGAAAAAGGAAAAUUAAUUAUGUUAGUUAGUGACUUUUACUAUGGAAGACACGAGGGAGCUGUCGAUGAUGAACAGAAGACUUACACAACUUUUAAAUGCUUCAGUUGCUUGAAAGUUCUUAAAAAUAAUAUUAGGUUUAUGAACCACAUGAAACACCAUCUGGAACUUGAGAAGCAGAACAACGAGAGCUGGGAAAACCAUACUACCUGCCAACACUGCUACCGUCAGUAUCCCACACCGUUCCAGUUGCAGUGUCACAUCGAGAGCACACACACUCCGCAUGAGUUUUCUACUAUUUGCAAAAUCUGUGAAUUAUCAUUUGAAACCGAACAUGCUCUUUUGCAACAUAUGAAGGACACUCAUAAACCCGGUGAAAUGCCAUAUAUUUGCCAGGUUUGCCAGUUUAGAUCUUCAACAUUUUCUGAUGUAGAGAAUCAUUUUAGAGCAUCCCAUGAAAACACUAAGAACUUGCUGUGUCCAUUUUGCCUCAAAGUUAGUAAAAUGGCAACUCCCUACAUGAAUCAUUACAUGAAGCAUCAGAAAAAAGGAGUUCAUCGUUGUACCAAGUGCAGACUACAAUUUUUGACCUGCAAAGAGAAACUGGAUCACAAGACCCAGCAUCGGACAUUUAUAAAGCCUAAAGAGCUAGAAGGAUUGCCUCCUGGUACAAAAGUUACUAUUCGAGCCUCAGUUGGACCUCUUCAUUCAAAACCAGUAACUACAUCUCCCAGUAGCAGUGUUCCAAGCACUUCUUCUUUUCAAAUCUCACCUCCAAGGUCUAAAAGUACAACUGCUAAAAAUAUAAAAUCUACUACAAGUAAAUCCAAGACAAGUAAGCCUCAUGCAGCUGUAUCCAGUGCAAGUAAACCUCAUGCCAAAAGGCAAGGUAGAGUUGCAUCUAAAUAUAAGACCAAAAAAACCUCUUGUAAACAAAAGAAACAACGCAACAGAAAGAAUAAAAUCAGCAUAGCUUUGAAGAACUUAAGGUGCCGUCGGGGAAUUCACAAGUGCAUUGAGUGUCAUUCCAAAAUAAAAGAUUUUGCAAGCCACUUUUCAAUAUAUAUCCACUGUAAUUUUUGCAAAUACAACACUAACUGUAACAAAGCCUUUAUAAAUCAUAUGGUGAGCUCUCAUAGCAACCAUCCAAGUAAACGGUUUUAUAUUUUUAAGAAGCAUUCUGGAAUUCUCAGGGGCAUUACUCUAGUGUGCCUUAAAUGUGACUUCCUAACUGAUUCUUCUGGCUUAGAUCGUAUGGCUAAACACCUAAGUCAGCGUAAAACUCAUACUUGCCAAGUUGUAAUAGAGAAUGUUCCUGAAAGUACCUCAACUUCUGAACCCUCGUCUGAGUUCUGGAAAAACAGACUGAAAUCUCUUCCCUGGUGGAGCUUAUAUUUCAGUGGCGGAAGACAAGACAAUAAAAAAUAAGAAAUUUAUAUAGUAUGUUAGAUGAUGAUCAAUGCAACGGAGCAAAAUAAAGUGGGCAAGGAGGAUGGUAAGUAUGGGCUGGGGUUGGGAGGUUGCCAUUUUAAAUCUGGUGGUCAGGAUAGGACUCUGUGGGAAGAGGACCUUGAGUAAGGACCUGAAGGAAGUGAGGAAGUAGGCCACUUGAUUAUCUAUUGGAAGAGCGUUCCAGAGAGAGAAUAGCAAAUGCAAAAGCCCUGAAGAGAAAAUUGAAACCCCUACACAUUGCUGGUGGGAAUGUAAAAUGGUUCAGCAACUGUGGAAAACAGUUCAGCAGUGCCUCAAGAAAUUAAAACGUGGAAUUACCAUAUAACCCAGCAGUUCUGCUCCUAGGUAUAUCCCCAAAAGAAUCAAAAAGCAGGGACUCAGAUACUUGUACAUGCAUGUUCAUAGCAGCAUUCCUCCCAAUGGCUAAAAGAUGGAAACAGCUCAAGUGCCAUCAAUAGAUGAAGGAAUAAAUAAAUUGUGGUAUAUUCAUACAAUGGGAUAAUAUUUAGCCAUAAAAAAGGAAUGAAGUACUGAUUCAUGCUACAAUGUGGAUGGACCUCAAAAACAUGCUAUCACAAGAGAUCACAUAUUGUAUAAUUUCAUUUGUGUGCAAUAUCCAGAAUAGAUACAUCCAUAGAGAUAGCAGAUUGAUGGUUGCCAGGGCCUUAGGGGGAAGUGGGAAUGGGCAGUGACUACUAAAUGGGUACACGGUUUACUUUGGGGUAUGAUGAAAAUGUUUAGGAACGAAAUAUAGGUGGUUGUACAACAUUGUAAAUGAACUAAAUGCCACUGAAUUGUUCAAGAUGGUUGAGUUCUUAAAUUUUGAUUUUAAAUUAUGUGAAUCUCACCUCUACAAAAACAAACUUAAGUUUAACAAAUUAGGAAUUUGAAGGAAACCUUUUUAACCUAACCUAAUAAAAAUCAGCUAACAUAAUGUGAUGCAAGGUAGAAAUAAUGAGUCCUGAAGUAAGGUCAUGCUUGGCUCAUGGAACAGCAACAAGACCGAUGGGGCUGCAGUGGAGGGGGUGUUGGACAGGAGAGCUUGUAGUAGGAGAUGGGGCCUGUGAGAUGAUGUGGGCCAUGUAGUAUAGGGACUUCUAGGCAGUUGUAAGGAUUUGGCUUUCACUCAGAGAUAGGAAGCCAUUAGUGGAUUUUGAAUGGAGAAGUCUUUUAUAUACCUCAAUGAAAAACAAAAAUUCUGAGGUGCCUAGGUGGCUCUGUCGGUUAAGCAGCAGACUCUUGGUUUCAGUUCAGGUCAUGAUCUCAAGUUUUGUGAGUUUGAGCCCCACAUCGGGCUCUGUGCUGACGGUGCAGAGCCUGCUUGGAAUUCUCUCUCUCUCUCUCUCUCUCUCUCUCUCUCUCUCUCUCAGCCCCUCCUCCACACACACGCACAGGCUCUCUCUCAAAAUAAAUAUACUUAAAGGGAGAGGUCCCUCAAAAAAAUUGAAAAAAGAAA